AUCUUUCUGCAGCUUGGGUUAACCGGACACUUUCCACAGAAUCUGAUUCUUGACAUCAUCAGACUUACAAAUUAUCUAACUACAUUCUUUGAGGAAAACGGUCACUGUCCCGAGAGAGGACUGAGACAGCAGCUGGGGAUUGACAGUUGAGCAGCUAACAUGUCGGUGAACCUGGAAGGCAACAUUUUGGUGACUGGCAGCAACAGAGGCAUUGGUUUGGAGCUGGUGAAACAACUGGCAGAGAAGACGGGAGAGAAGGCUCACAUCUAUGCCUGCUGCAGAGAGCCUGAGGGUACCAGGGCUGAGGUUCUGAGAGAGCUCAGCACUCAAUAUCCUGGAAAGAUCACUAUUAUCAAACUAGACAUGUCGGAUGAGGACAGUAUUUCGACUGCUGCCCAGGCUGUGAGCAAGCAGUUCGGGCCUGGUGGGUUGAACCUCCUCAUCAACAACGCUGCUAUCAAUAAACCAGCCUUACCGGGACUGUUAUCUGCCACCAGGAAAAAGGACAUGAUGGAGGUGUACGAAACCAAUGUGGCCGGACCAUUUCUCCUCGCAAAGAUGCUUCACCCUCUCCUUCAGAAAGCAGCAGAGAGGGACUCUGAAAAGGACGAGGGUGAUAAAAUGUCCUGCAGGAGGUCAGCCAUCAUCAACAUCUCCUCGAUCAUCUCAUCCAUGGAGAAAUGUCCACAGACCUUCCCUGGGGCACAGAUGUACGCUUAUAGGACCAGCAAGGCAGCAUUGAACAUGCUGACUUGUUGUCUAGCUGAGGAAUUCAAGAUACACAACAUACUGGUGACAGCCAUCCACCCUGGCUGGGUGCGCACUGACAUGGGAGGAGAAAAGGCUCCUUUGUGCACCCAGGAAAGUGCACUUGGCAUGCUCAGUGUAAUGUCAUCACUCAGCAAUAAAGAUAGCGGGAUGCUUCUAGACUGGGAGGGCAACACGAUCCCCUGGUAGCAGUUACCAUGACAACCACACCAGGCCCACCAGACUGAAGAGUUUUGCAUAUUUUUAGCAUAUAACAAAGACAGUGUACCAGGGUGAUGCUGCCACACGAUAUCCACCUCUUUCUUUUACAUAAAAUCUUUUAUUUGUUUUUUAGCUAAAUUCUCUUAAUGGUCUGUGGCUGGAAAAGUACAUUGGGAAAAAUAAUUAGUCACAUUUUGAAAUUAAUAUCUGAUAACAUCAAUGAUUUCCUUGCAUAAUUCUUUUAUUUUAGGUCAAGUAAAAUAAAGUAAUUAAAUCGUAAACACAACUGCCAAUGUGAGUUUUUCUAACUGCAAAAUGAAAACUGUUUGCAUUAAAUUGAACUGCGCCUGUGGACUUUCAUAUCUGAGUAUAUUUAAAGAGAGGUUCAUAGGUUCAACUGCCAGGAAUCAGAAGGCCACUGGAAUCGUCCAACUCAGACUCUUGGAGCCUCAUAUUAGCUUCAGCUGAACUUCAGAAAGUAUUUUGUCCUUCAUAUCUUGCAGCGUGGUCACAUUAGGAAGUAGUCACUUCUCAGUCUGUAUGGACAAUAGGUACGAUUAAAGUGAAAAAUAAUGUUAGUAUUAGAUUAUGAUAGACUUAAAACCAGUUUGACCUGUCCUUUAAGCUGUUUACAU